AGCUCAGGAAGGAAAAGCUUGGCAACGUCACCCACCCCCCACCCCCCAGUGAUUUGCAGUCACUGAAACUUGACUGUUGAAGCAACUACUCCGUGAAGCUCUUCAAAGCCAUCCGAGGAGGCAUUUCUAGCUGGAAAUAACAGAACCAUGAUUUCUGGAUUCCAAUGCAGCCUUUUCCUCUCCUUCUGCCUAGCGGUAUGUCAGGAAUCUCAGGCUUCCCAGAACUGCAUGAACAAACAACAACUUCUGGCUGCCAUCCGCCAAAUGCAGCAAUUGCUGAAAGGGCAGGAAACACGAUUUGCAGAGGGAAUCCGCAUCAUGAAGCACCGACUGACCGCUCUCCAAAACACAGUGACUAAAGCUACCCCAGGCCUACCAACAGUGUUCUGCCCUGCACAAGAAGCCCCUCCAAAUGGCAAAAGAUUUGGCAGCAAGAACAUGGUAGACCAUGAAGUUCAUUUCACCUGUGAUCCUGGAUUUCAGCUUGUUGGUUCCAGCUCUCGAGUGUGUCAGCUAAAUGGUAGCUGGACUGGAGAGCUUCCUCAAUGCAAAGGUAUCAGUGAAUGUGUAAGUCAUCUAUGCCAGAAUGGUGGGACAUGUGUAGAUGGAGCUGACCAGUACAAAUGCAUUUGUCCACAGGAGUGGACUGGUACCAACUGCCAAUAUCAAACACAGACAGUGCCACCAGCAUGGAGUGUAACAAAUGAUCCAGCAUUUAGUCGCAAGCCACGUUGUGCCAAAUUUGACCGGAUGCAACAUUGCAGCUGUGAACCAGGAUUCCAUAUGAGUGGCACUGCAGAAAACAGCAUCUGCCAGGAUGUGAAUGAAUGUGAAGUUUACAAGCUGGAGGGAGCCCCUCUUCUCUGUAUGCACACCUGCAUCAACAUUCCAGGCUCAUACCACUGUUCCUGCCCCAGUGGAUACAGGGUCUUCAGUGAUGGGAAAAGCUGUGAAGACAUAGAUGAAUGCAGUCUCUCAUUGCACAACUGCACAAGAGGAACAAUGUGCAUUAACACAGGAGGAGGCUUUCAGUGUGUUAGCCCAGAAUGUCCGAAGUCUAGUGGAAAUGUCAGCUAUGUGAAAACAUCACCAUUCCAAUGUGAACGGAAUCCAUGUCCAAUGGACAGCAGAUCAUGCCAUCAUGCCCCAAAGACCAUUUCAUUCCAUUACCUCCCACUGCCAUCUAAUCUCAUCACUCCCACUGCUCUCUUCCGCAUGGCAACUGCUUCAGCUCCUGGACGACCUGGUCCAGACAGCUUGCGAUUUGGCAUCGUGGGAGGAAACAGCCAAGGUCAUUUUGUGAUGCAGCGUUCAGACAGGCAGACUGGAGAACUCAUUCUGGUUCAGAGCCUUCAGGGUCCUCAGACCAUGGAAGUGGAGGUGGACAUGUCAGAGUACCUCGACCGCACCUUCCAAGCUAAGCAUGUCUCAAAGAUAACCAUCUUUGUCUCACCUUAUGCAUUUUAAAGGAACCUUUUACACCAGUGAGGAAAUAAAUUGUUCACAGACUGUUCUUUCUGAUUGUGGAGUGCAUCAUAAAAGCCAAAGCUCAUGUUGAGAUUCUGGCUGUCUGGGUACUUGUUCAUCUUGCCAGCUGCUAAUUCCCGGCACUGUGGUAAUAAUAGAAGCCCUUGUAUUUCUACUUUCAUACUGCUUUAGAUCCAUCCUAGUUAUAGGUUUAUAGCAAAAUGCUGGCAGUUCAUGAAUUAAACCCAGCCCAUGGGCACCCUCUACUUGGCAUCCCUCUCCCACAUGUCAGACCAUCUGUGAUAAUUCCUCAGAAGAAUCCAUAUCUCUUGUUUUUUAUGAAUUAUAAAGAAGCACAGUGAAUGCUCCUUAAA